GACAGUUUUGUAUUUGUAUUUCAAGAUAAUUUGAAAAAUAACAAAAAUGUCUCUCAAAGACAAAGCUAAUUCUUUAACAUUCGAUUAUUUAACGACCUCGAGGACUGACUAUCAAGUAUAUGAUUUAAAGGCAACCCCGAAAACAGUACUCAAAGAGAAUAAACAAACAAAACCAGUGAACGUUGAGAAGAAAAGGGAACCUAGAAUAAAAUAUACUCAGACUUUAAAAGAAUGGCAAAGCGUACCUUUCGAUUUGUUAAUUGGACCGAAGCCAAUACUGCAGACAAACCCUCAUCAUAUACAACCUCCAUUCAAAAAGCCUCCUGAUUCGAGGGAGGAUGAGGUCAGAAGGACAAGACCUCGUCUCAUCAUAUCACCUGCAGUGGUUGUGGACGACGUCGAAGACAAGAUAACCCGAAACAUUCUGAUGGAAAGUACUUAUACUUCCGAAUCGAGGAAAGCAUUCCAGUUCGCUCGAGAUCAUCCCGAGGUGAAGGCGCCCUUGUCGGAGAAGUACGCUCCGCCGAGAGUGGUGGAGCUUCCGAAAUUAGCGCCACCUGCCAUAGCGCCGGAGUGGAGAAUGGACUCUAUGAAAUGGGAACGAAAACAAUUGAGAAGCCACUGCGAGCCGACGAUGCACUUUUGGACGAAACGAAGACAGUAUUGUAAACCAUGAAUCUGUCGUAGUAAAGAAGUAUUUUAUGAUUCACAUAGUUCCUGCAGAAGUUUGCAGUAUUUUUAUAAGAUAUGAAGAAUGUAUUUUUAAAUGUUGUCUAGCAAGUAAAUAAGUUAGUUUAUGACUUGUUAGAGUUUUGUACAUAAGUAUACACAAACUUAAGUUCACAGUUCAGGUGUAAACCUGGUUGCUUUUCAGUGAUAUUUUUGAAUAGCUUAUAUGUUUCAUAAGAUUUUUAAAUUUAAUUAGCCUUUUUUUUUAAACGUAGAAAUAUGUU